AAAUAUAUUAAAGUUAUGGCAAGCGAGAAGAUCAUAGACAAUAAGUUAACGAAGUUUGUUUGUGAUCUGGUGAUUUAGCUCCGUUAAAAAUUUGUAAAUUGUAGUGAGCUAAUUAACGUUCGUUUACUAGUAAUAUAAAUUUUCAACAUACUUUAAAUACAGCUUAAGUCUAAAAUUGCAUUAUGUAUUUCACAGCAAGAUUUCAGCAAAACUUGGAUUGGACUGACCAUACUCUAAUUCUGCCUGCUGUAGCUGUUGGAAAUGUAGGACAGCUAACUGUGGAUUUGCUUCUCUCAACUUUGGAGGUAGAGCUGGUGGGCCGUCUCCAUUCUACAGCAUUUCUCCCUCUAGUGGGACCAGAUCCAUUUCAUGCAGAACCAAAAGGAAUUGUCACUUCAUGUCAAGUCUACCACUGCCUUGCACACAAACUUGUCAUCGUACAACAAAGAGCACCUGUAGCAAUGAACCGAAGAAGAGAAUUUAGGACAUCUCUCAUACAGUGGAUACAGGAGCAUCAUUUUAAGCAAGUGAUUCUUCUCUCCAGUUGUUUCGCACAUUUUCGGACAGAUAAAGAUUUAUUGCAGAUUCCAUUAAAAUUUCUGUGCACUCCUGACCUAACUGAAUCUGUGGGUUCCUACUUACAUAGCAGUCUUGGGUGGAGAUCCUUGGAAAGAAGAGACCCUUUUACCUACAAUGAAGAUUCAGCUGGUGUUCUUCACAUGCCUGGAUCUGGAAUAACAAGAAGUUUGUUUGAAGAAUGCUCAACAAAAAAAGUACAUUUGGUGGUCCUAUUAUUAUAUUGUUCAGAAGGAGACAAUGUUCCUGAUGCAUUUACAAUGGCAGAUCAGCUAAACAACUGGCUUCAACUGAUUUCUGGAAGUGAUUCUGAAAAAAACAAAAGCUGGAAAGUGCCUGUUUCUUGGAACCUUAUGUUUGGAAAUCACCCUCCUAAAAAUAUUUAUUAGAAAUAACUUUUAGUAAGAAGAAUCUGUUGGAAAAAUAAAUAAAAUCAUUUCUUAUGGUAAAACGUUUUUUUAAUGUACACAAAGAUUAUUUAACACUGGCUUGCUUAAAUGUUUUAUGCCUUUACUAUUUUCCUAUUUAAGUAUUUUCUUUUUUUACAAGAUGGCUCUUCAGCAACUGUUUAUUGCAAAUCUUUAUAUAACCAAUGAUUUUAAUCUUUUAUAAUUGCCCGGAUCUUUUUUUAUUUUUUAUGCUGAAUGCUCAGAUUAAAUGAUUAUGUAGGAGCUAAUCUGCCUCAUCAUGGUUGUGGUAAUCUAUAUGUAGGAUUUGCAGGAGGUUUUAUGUAUUAUAGUCAUUAAAAGACAUAAAUCAGGAUAAGUAAAACUACCUUUGUGAAACUUCAUUAUUAUGACCUUUUGGGACCUUGGAAGGUAAUUUUCUCAAAAGUUGUCAAGGUUUUUGCAUACUAUAGUUAAAAUGCAGCACACCAGUACUCUUCACUGUCAGGAACCUGAAUUAAAUGUACCUAAAUUGAAGCAUAUGUAAUUUUUUUUGUAGUGCAUUUCAAGAUGGUUUCAAUGCAGUAAUCAAGUUCUGCUCCAUAAUUAUGUGACACUUAGUGUUUAAAAUGCAGAAGUAUGAACUUAACUUCAUUAGUCAUAACUCACCCUAAAGAUCUUCAUUUUCAUCAUUGUCCCUGUUGCUGUUUCUUUUCACUAUCUUUGAUUGUAAUAUCUGUAUCUGAUAGUAGUUCAUUUGGCAUUCAUUGUUAUGAAAUAUGAUGUUAUUCUUUUGAUGAGGGUGUGUAACAUGGUGCAUGAUUAAAACAGUUUGACAUGAUGGUACUUCAUAAGACAUCAAGUAGA